AUGCACAGCAUCAUUCGAGUUUUUCGGCUCGCGCCGGGGGCUCUUUCGACACAGUGCUUGCCCAACCAAGGGCGCGCACACCCCCAUAAGGGGGGAGGGGGCUCCUUAGGCUUCGGCUCCAACCCGGCCUUACCCAGCCAACAAUGCCUACUUUGGCUCGGGCCCCAACACGGCAAGAAACUUCUCUCCAAGGCAAGCUCAGAUUUUUGCCCCGAUCCUAAUGACGUAUGGGGAUCUCUUACGUCUCUCAUUGCCAACCAAUUGGCCGUGGUGAUUCCGGGAAAGAUCCCACUGCCUCCAUUCCCAAAGUGGUAUAACCCUAGCGCAACCUACGCGUACCAUGGGGGAGCCCCGGGCCACUCAGUCGAGCAGUGCUUGGCCUUGAAGAACAAGGUCCAAAGUUUGAUAGAAGCCGGAUGGUUGACAUUUCAAGAGGACGGGGCCAACAUAAAGACAAACCCUCUUGCCAAUCAUAGAGGAGGAGCUGUUAAUGCCAUUGAGGUGAGUAGGUCGCACGGGCCCAAACUUUUGAAAAACGUAACGACCUCCAGAAGGUUUAUCUACAAAGCCUUGCAAAAGGCGGGCGUGAUUCCCCACGGUGAGCACAACGAGGAUUCGUGUUUAAUGCAUCCAGGCAUGCUGCAUGAUAUGGAAACAUGUUCAGCCGUAGGAGAUCUAUUGCAACAAAUGAUAGACCAAGGCCGACUUGAGGUCAGCAAUGAGGGGGAGGAUGAAAAACAUGUGUACAUGCAGUCAGUAGAUAAGGAAGGCCCUAUAAAGCCCAAACCCUUGGUAAUACUCUUCACCAGGGACACAACACCCCAAAGACCUCAACACCCCUCGGCAGUAUCAGGUGCUAGGCCUCUGUCGUUUCCUUACGAGAAUAGUCGUGCAGUUCCGUGGAGGUAUACUCCUCCGGGCAGAAGGAAGGAAGAAGCUACCGAUAUCGGUUCACUAUCAGCCAAAGUGACCAAUAUCACUGGCCUAAGCGGCAUGACCCGCAGCGGUCGCGUAUUCACACCCCCUAGCCUGUCGUUACAGUUCGCGAACUUUAAAGGGAAAGCAAAGAUAACCGAAGGACAAAAUGUCAAGGUGAUCCCUGCGCCAGAUGAGGAUGUUCCGACAAAGGAUUUUUCUGAGGGAAGAGAGGGUUGUGGCAAGAAAGAGGUAUCACUCGAGGAGGCCGGCGAGUUCCUCCUCUUGAAUGAAGCUCACAUAGCCCAAGACAUCUCCGUAGAAGGUUUUGGGGGGAUCGUCAAUAACAUCACAGCCAGCAAUUACCUCACCUUCACUGAAGAGGAAAUCCUCGUCGAGGGGAGAGGACAUAACAGGGCUUUACAUGUGUCAGUCAAAUGCAUGGAACACGUUAUGGCCAAAGUACUCAUCGACAACGGCUCAAGCCUGAAUGUGAUGCCCAAGAGCACGUUGGAGAAAUUGCCAUUUAACGCUUCCUAUGUAAGGCCAAGUUCCAUGGUGGUCUGUGCCUUCGACGGCACCCGCCGGGAGGUAAGCGGGGAGAUCGACCUCCCAGUACAGAUAGGGCCUCAUACCUGCCAGGUUACAUUCCAAGUGAUGGAUAUCAACCCGGCCUACAACUUUCUUCUGGGACGUCCAUGGAUCCACUCAGUGCGAGUCGUCCCCUCCAUGCUCCACCAAAAGUUGAAGUUUGUGGUGGGGGGACAUUUGGUCAUAGUAUCAGGGGAGGAAGAUGUCCUGGUAGUAAGCUUCGCCUCCGUAGAUUCCCUCCCUAGGUGGCCCUGCCUGUCCAAUGCAGCAAUGAUGGUGGCUCGGGUGAUGCUGGGGCACGGUUACGAGCCCGGAAUGGGUUUGGGCAAGAACAACGGUGGCAGGACCAACCUGGUGAGUACCAGAGGAAACCGCAGGAAGUUUGGGUUAGGCUAUAAACCAACGCAUGCUGACAUAAGGAAAAACAUCUCAGAAAGGAAGAACAAAGGUCAAGGCCCGCGGUCGGGACAACGAGCCAAAGAGGCUCCGCUGUGCAACAUCAGUAGCAGCUUCGUAAGUGCGGGUUUAAGACAUGAAGGACAAGUCGCCACGAUAUGCAAUGAUGACUCCCCGAGGAGAUCGGAUUUGGUACAGCCAUGCCCUCCCGGUUUCCAACUAGGAAAUUGGCAGGUGGAGGAAUGCCCAGAUGUUUACGUGACAAGCAUAAUAUCCGACGAUGAGUCCCGCGAAUGUACUAAUACCAGGGACCUGGCUGUCAAUUUCGAGCAAGAAGCAAGUCAGAAGGAGAAUGAAGAGGAUGAGGAUGUGGGGCUUCCCCCAGAGCUGGAGAGGAUAAUCGCCCAGGAGGAUCGAGAGAUGAGGUCGCAUCAAGAAGAGACAGAACUCGUAGGCUUAGGAACCGACAAUGGAAGAAGGGAAGUAAAAGUAGGCACGGACUACCUCUGA